AAUCCCAAACGCGUUAAAAUUGUUUGUGGACACUUCGCAUCUUUGUGGCGUCGGAUUUUUUUUAUUUAAGAUUUGGUCAAGAAAUACAAUAUCCUAGGCGUGUGUUAACCGUUAAUGGAAAGCAAAAUGGACCGAAGAAAGAAGCGCACAUCCUCUGAACAGUACCAGAUGUACAUAGACAUGAUGGAGGCCGAUUCAAUUUUCGCCACCGGACGGGUGCCGCGGGAUUAUGAUCUUAACUAUUUGACGAAAAAAUGGAAGGAGCUUUCCGACAGGCUUAACAAAUGCAGUUCGGGGCCCACACUCACGCCCGAGGAGUGGCGAAAGCGCCUGAACGAUUGGAAGAACACGACAAGGUGCAAGUACAGACGCAGCCUUAUGGCCACGGAGAAGGACAUAUCGAUGACGACGCUCGAGAACAGAGCCCUCGAUCUGUUCGGCAAGGUGCCCACCGCCACGGGCGAGACGCUGCUGAAUCUGAAGUCUGAGAAGGACGACGGCGAUGAUGACUUGGAGGAUAUCGGACAGCGCACAUCGGCCGCGUUCCAAAAGGAGCUGCAAGCUGCCGUCGAGGAGGCCAUCAACGAUGAAGUCGAUGACGAUGAGAUGCUCGAAGAACACGUCGAACAGGAAGAAAUUAUCGAUGACAAUAUGGCCGACAACGGCGGCGUCAUUGAGGGCUCGAAUGCUGCCACAACCGCUGUAAAUACGGGUGGUGGUACUUACCGCACCAUUGUCGUGGACAACACAUCCUUCGAGCACGUGGAAGAGCCGCAUCCCGUUGAGUUUGUGGCCGCCCGUCGUACGCCUGCUUCCAGCAAUUCCAGCGUCCAUGCAGUCAUCAAUUCCGGCGCUGUCGUUGAAACCAAGCUAAUCAAUGGCGAACUGCCCGUGAAGCGAUUACGCACCCAGACCCGACCUGAUCAGAUCAUCUACCACGUCAAGAAUGCGCCGCGAUGCAUUUCAAACAUACAGGACGUGCCGCCACUUCUCAGUACAAAGGUGGAGCGAGAUACCAUACCGUUGAGCGCCGCCCUAAGUAGCCAGGAUGGCCAGCAGAUAGCCCAUCAGCUGAAGCGUUUGGCCGACAUCAACUACGAAACACUGCAGUUCGAGAUCGCGCGCUUUAAGUUCAAUAAUCCUGGUUUCCAAUACAAUCCGCCGUCCUUAUAGUCCUUCAGGCAGAAGGCGACAGUGACGGCUCAGGAAUCCACAAAGCCGCAUCAGUAGCAAGCGAAACGGCAGCUGCAACAGUCUCAUACGCGUAGAGUGGAGUCCACUCGAAUGGCGUUGAUAUCUCUCUCCCAGUCUGCUCUGCUAAUCGGCGAGAGAAAAUCAUAACUUAUAGUAGCCACUUUAGAUUAAAGUUUAUAUAGAGAUAUCUAUUGCAAAUAUACAAUAUCAUAUUUCUCUUUUAUAUAAAUUCAAAACCCCCAUAAGUGUGGCAUGCCUGGUACGAGGCGUGCAAUAACUUAAUUGGACAAAGUAAUUUUAAACGUGUUGUAUGUAAAUGUAAAGAAUAAAGUUUACC